AUGCCUCUUGAGUGUAAAGACGCGGAAAUUGCCGCCAUGGAACCAAUUGCGAUCGUGGGAAUGGCAUGCCGACUUCCUGGCGAAGUCGAUUCAGCCUCAUCACUAUGGGACAUGCUGGUCCAUAGAAGGUCUGCACAAGCAGCUAGGGUUCCAAAGAGUCGAUUUGACAUUGAUGCUUACUACCACGAAAACCUUGAGCGGCCAGGCAGUUUCAAUGUCCUCGGUGGUUAUUUUCUAGACGGUGCUGCAGAGAAUUUUGAUCCCAGUUUCUUUGGAAUUUCGCCCAUAGAAAGCAUGUGGAUGGAUCCUCAACAGCGUAAAAUACUGGAAGUUGCUUAUGAGUGUUUUGAAUCGGCUGGUCUAACUCUUGAGGAACUCUCUGGCUCUAACACUGCCGACUUUCGACAUAGUUAUUCGGCGACUGGGGUAGAUCCGGGUCUUAUCAGUAACCGCGUUGGUAAUACUUUCAAUCUUCAAGGUCCUAGCUUCACUAUAAACACUGCCUGUUCUUCGUCUAUAUACGCAAUUCACAAUGCUUGCCAUGCGUUAAGAAGUCGAGACUGCGUUGCCGCUCUCGCUGGAGGAGUAAAUAUUAUUCUCACAGUAGAUCAGCAUAUGAACACUGCCAAGCUGGGCGUGUUAUCGCCAACUUCAACUUGUCGCACAUUUGAUGCUUCUGCAGACGGAUAUGGGCGUGCCGAGGGAGCGGGAGUGCUGUAUCUUAAGCUUCUUUCCGACGCGAUCCGAGACAAUGAUCCUAUCCGAGGGGUUAUUCGUUCCUCUUCCUUCUAUAGAAAUGGAAAAGUUCCGGGAAUGGGAAUAACCUAUCCAAGUGUCAAAGGCCAAGAGAGAGUCAUGCGAGCAGCAUACGAAAAAGCCAACCUAGACCCGUCGCAAACUUUAUAUCUUGAGAUGCACGGGACAGGAACCCCUACAGGAGAUCCAAUUGAAGCAAAAGCUGUUUCAAAUGCCAUGAAUGACAAAAGAAGCAAGAAUGCACCUUUGUUCGUAGGAGCAGUCACAGUGAGGCAGCAAGUGGAGUAUUUUUCAAUUAUGAAAGCCGCAAUGAUGACGGAAGCUGGCAUCAUACCAGGAGUUUGCGGGUUCCAAAAAAUCAACCCUGAAAUCAAAGAGAAGGAGUGGAAUAUCAAGGCUCCUUCAAAUUGGGAGCAGCUCCUUCAAUUGAACCCCAAUUCAUGUUUAUCUUUACCGGGCAAGGUGCAACAAUGGCCUCGUAUGGCUUCUCAGGCAAUGAAAACUUUCCCGUCAUUUCUCAACACAAUUCGAUCACUAGACGACAUUUUGCAGAGACUAGAUCCUCCAGCAUGUUGGAAAAUAGAAGAUGUCUUGUUGGAUACAGCAGAAACUAGUCGUCUAAACGAUGCAGAAAUAUCGCAACCUGUAUGUACCGGUAUCCAAAUUGCUCUGGUGAAUCUUAUGGCCAAAUGGGGAAUCCUGCCAACCGUCACUCGUUCUAUCGAGGAUAUACUGUCAAGCGCAGUGCAGUAUGUGGUACUAUGCUGGCGGUCGGGACUUGGAGCCGAGCAUGUCAAUAAAUAUAUCCAAGAUACUAGUGAUGUUGUCAUCGCUUGUAUUAAUUCAUCGAGAAGCACUACCCUCAGUGGUUCCGUUUCAGGUAUUCAAGAAGUGAAGAACCAACUCGAUGCCGAAAAAAUCUUUGCUAGAGAGCUUGACACUGGAAAGGCAUACCACUCACCAUAUAUGGAUGCUGUUGCCCCAGAAUAUGAGAAGCUAUAUAAUUUGGCUACUACAAGGCUGGAAAAUCAUACGUCUAAUAAGAGAUUACCUCGAGCAAGGAUGAUCUCAUCGGUGACAGGUCGAGAAAUUCUCGAAGACACACUCUCAAUUAAGUAUUGGUGUGAAAAUUUGAGGGGCAAAGUCAAGUUUGAACAGGCAGUAAGUGCGGUACUCGAGACUACCGGUCCAGAAAAGUCACGUGUGCCAUUGAGGUUGGGCCCGCAUGCAGCUCUCUCUGGACCCUUUAAGCAAAUACUACAAUAUCUGGGUAUCGAGCGCUUCAACUACAUUCCAACACUCGUUCGAAAGACCGAUGAUUCCAUUCAACUUUUGAAAUUGGCAGGAGAGCUGCAUGAUUUGCUUGGAAGUCGGAUAGUAGGGUUAUCAGGACUGGUCUGGCAAAACAAGCUUCGUCUCAAAGAUAUUCCAUGGCUUUUUGAUCACAAUCUUGGCGGAUCUGUUGUAUUUCCAGCUGCAGGCCACUUGUCAAUGGCAGUUGAAGCGCUCAGGCAAGUCCUAGACUCCACAAUGCUAAACAUACGGUAUCAAGGGGUACGUUUUAGGGAUACAUCCUUCAAACUUGCGAUGGUGAUCCCAGACACAGACGAUGGACUGGAGGUACAACUACGUCUACAGCCAGUAACUAAAAGUAGCAAAGAAAUAGAAGCUAUCUGGUACGGUUUCGUGGUUGAAUCUUUCGCAGACGGUAGAUGGCAAACUCAUUCGGAAGGCAUGAUUGCUGCCAAUCCUACACCCAGGGCAGACACCUCUUUCAAUGAGCCACCAACAUCUCACAACAAGAUGACACAGUCAACAUCAAGUAAAAGAUGGUAUUCCUCUUUCUCUAGAGUAGGAUUCAACUAUGGCCCAAGUUUCCAGGGACUGCAUAAUAUUAUUGCUGCGAAAGGUAUCAAGGAAGCUACCGCCGACGUCGAUUUGACCACUAAGAGGCUUUAUAAAAACAUGCAGUUUGGUUGCGUCCCUAUCAAGAUAGAAGAAAUCUCCCUGUGGUUCCCCGAAACCGACAUUGAAUCGAGAGGAAAGGCUGUUGCGUGGUCUGAAACUUUCGGUCGUUAUGCCAACAAUAGUGCUCAGCUCAAAGGCAACUGCGGCACCACCACAAGCCGAGAUAGAAAAAGUCGGACCAAAACCAUACAUGGGAGUCGUCUGGAACCUGAUAUUGCCCAUCUUGUGCCUGAAGAUCUUCGUCCCACUUCCAAAGAUACGCCCAUAACCACUACUGCCGCCACAGGCUUAGAAUUAAUCACUAAAAUCGUCGAUUUAGCAAACCACAAAAGUCCACUAGAACGUGUCCUAUUACUUGGCCAAUACACUGUGUUGUUUGUCAAGACUUUGCUCGAAAUUUUAUCUUCAACUGCAUCCUGUACAAUCUGCAGUAUUGAUCCGGAUCAAGACGGGGAGUUAAAAAGACUAUCCUCAAUCGAUAACAGAGUAGCCUCUAUAUUUGUACCAAAUGUUACUCUUCUGGGAUCUACUCCAUCUAUUCCAACAUCACAAGAUCUAGUUGUGGUUAGCAAAGAACUAUCAGACGAAGCAGCGAACGAUGUAAUUUUGCUGGCAAAAUCGAUCAGAAAUGACAAAGGGUAUGCCAUUUUUCACACAAGUAUCCCCUUCGGCAUUUCCUUGGAAAAGGCGCUUUGCGUUCACGAUCACGAAUCCCGCAACCUUCGAUUCGGUCCAUUUGACAGUGCCGUGAUUCUUUCAUGUCCUGGAGACCAGAAAUUUCGCAUGAAUGGAGGAGUCAUGCACAAAAACAAAGCUACUGUACUUUCACUCAAAGGACAAUCAACUUUAAUGAUGAAAACAACAGAGAAAUUUCUUGAGCACCAAUGGCACGUCGAAUGCAAAGAACUUGGCAACUUUGAUGUUAUCGGAGAUAGCAAUCUAAUUGUUGAUGACAUCGACGGCAAUUUCCUCUCGUCAUUGGACAAAAGUUCAUUUGAAUCCUUGAAGAAAUUGUUGUGCUCAGGCAUCCCAAUUUUAUGGUUGACAGCCGGAGUCAAUGAAGGGAAACUUAUCGGGGGCUCGUUGGCUGUAGGUUUAAUUCGGGCAAUUCUGGCAGAGCGAGCCAGCACGAAAAUCACGAUUCUAGAUGUUGACCUCGGAGAACACCCUACUAGCAUCAUGAGCGCUAUCGUCUCGACAAUACCUAAGAGAGAAAGCGGAUCUGCAGAUGAAGAGACGGAAUUCUGGCUCCAAAAUGGAAGCAUCCAUAUCAGCCGCUUAGUUCCACAUCAUCGUCUGAACAAUAUUUUGGCUAAAUCCUUCGAAACUACAAGAACGUUGUUGACUACCGGGAGAACACUCCAAGGCUCAGUAGUGGAUGGAAAACUGUUCUUCAAUGAAGAGAACCUAUCGGAACGGGAUGAGCUAGCAGAUAACGAAGUCGAAAUGCAAGUAUUUGCUUCAGAAGUAAAUUCAGCUGAUGUUCAAUUCCAGAGUCAAAGGGCACGACUAAUUGCAGGGAAAAUCGUCGCUACCGGAAAGGGCCUCAACAACUCGCUUUUAGGCCAAAAUAUCGUGACCUAUACCCACAAAGCGUUCUCAACUUUAGUGCGCGUAACUUACCUUGAUACUCAACCUGUCAACAUGUGCGCGGAUGACAUCGUAGCUAUCUUGCCUAGUUUGUGCCAUGUUUGGAAUGCCGUCGUCAACUCAGCCCAAGCACAGAAAGACCAUCAUAUAUUGUUACUCCCGGCACCAGCUAGCUUUGUCAAGGCUUUUACCAGUAUCAGUAAAGCUAUCGGCUACACUUAUACUCUAAUUGUUGGAAGCGUAGAAGAUGAAAAAAAAUGUCUCGAAUUAGGAAUUUCGGAAGCUGAAUUGAUCAGAAGUUCAACAACGGAUGUACCUUUGGCCCUCAAGAGGCUGAUUAGCAAGAAGCGGUUAGCCUCUAUCAUAUCGCAUGAAUUCUCUUCACUAAGUCAGGAAAUAUGGCGCCACGUUCCACCGGGAACGAUAUUUGUCCUUUCUAGCGGCACCAUUUUGGAACCGCCUGACGCUUUACCAUUUACCAGAGGUGCGACAUUCCUGUCUACGAGUAUUGACAUGCUGUACAAGCAGGAUAAAACUUCGAUUGGAUCUAUCCUGACUGGAGCCAUUGACCAUUUGAAGAACCACAGUGAUAUUCUCCAUCAGCGAACCAAGAAAUAUAGCAUUCAGGAACUCUCAAAUGCAGGAAUGGCUUCCACGAACUUAACAAGCAUUGAAGAGGCUACCAUCACGUACGGAUACGGGGAAGAUUUCAUCGAGGUACAAAACUCAACUAAACUCAGAUUCAACUCGAGUGCAAGCUACAUCUUGGUUGGGUGCCUUGGCGGGCUUGGCCGUAGUCUAACGAUUUGGAUGAUGAGAAGAGGCGUCAGGCACUUCGCUUUUGUUUCUCGUUCUGGGCUUGACAAGUUGGAGGCAGCGCAACUAGUCAAAUCUUUGAGGAAAGAAGGCGCUUCGGUUAACGUCUAUCGAGCAGACGCUGCAAAUGAAAAGGACCUUUCGAGUGUAAUUGCCCAGGAGAGCUCUGAACGUCCUAUCCGUGGGGUUGUGCAUGCAGCUAUGGACUCGCUUUUUGAGAAAAUGAGCUACGAUCAAUUCAAAGGUACCAUAGAUCCCAAGGUAAAGGUGGCAGAAAAUCUCCAUAGAGGUCUCAUUGGCCACUGUCUCGACUUUUUUCUCAUGCUGAGUUCGAUAUCCGCUACACUUGGAAAUCCUGGGCAGAGCAACUAUAGCGCUGGGAAUUGCUACUUGGACUCUCUUGCGUGGGGCCGAAAUGUGCAAGGCCUUCCCGCUGUAUCAGUCGUGCUUCCAGCGAUUCUUGAUGUGGGUUAUGUUAGUGAACACCAAGAGAUUGAAGUAUUACUAAGUCGAAGAGGAAUUUUCGGAAUCAAUGAAGACGAGAUGAUCUGUGGAUUUGAAACAGCGAUAAAGGACCAGCCAUCGGCAGGCAACGCAAUUCUCCAAGAUUCACAAAUUGUAUUGGGCCUUGACCCUUCGACUGUUGCAAGUGCAUUAUCUUCGAUCCAUACAACUGAUGUUUUUUGGUUUGAAAACCCAAGGUUUCGACAUCUUCGUGCCGAAAUUCGUGAAGUUGUGGGGUCAGGAGGCAAUAGCGGGACAAAGUCCUCAUCCGGCAAUACGAUUGAGCAAAUGCAAGCCGCCAUUACUGCAGGACCUGAGCAUGUUAUCAACAUCAUAUCAGCCCAGGUCGCGAAGAAGUUAUCAAAUAUCCUCGCCAUCUCUAUCGAAGAUAUGCCUUUGGAAGGGACGUCUGUGGCGUCGUUUGGCUUGGAUAGUAUGAUUGGAGCCGAGUUUAGAAAUUGGCUUUUCAAAGAAUUUGGUUAUGAAGUCCCGUUUCCUAUUUUGCUUGCUCCAGAUCUUAGCAUUAAAGAUCUAUCGGUUAACGUUGGGAUAAAGCUGGGAAUGCUCAGGAGUGAGAUUGACAUGUGAAUACACGUAGUGUGGCGAGGAUUGAUUCAAGGCGUUUUGCAAUUUGCUAGAUAAUGAUAAAUAAUUUACCUUGGAUAAAAUAGCAUUUCUAGCUUUCGAAUUCUGAUCAUAUGAUCCUAUGUUUUGCCACCACCGUGAAUUUUGCAAGACUUGCCAGUCAAAUGUCGGGUUGCAAGAGCAAAGCUUAUCUACAAAAAAUAUGUAGAAAUCGCAACUGACUUUCGCGUUUGAGCGCCCCCUUCGUUAGAUUUCAGCGCAAAGGCAGUCGCGUGCAAGUAUGAGACUUGCCUGCUCAUCGUAGUCGUAUUUACAGAGGCAAUUUCAUAGCCAAGCAUGUUCUGCGUAGAAUCACACCGAGCUUGGCUCUAGCAAUUAGGCCAUUGCUCGAGCCUUUGGUAGCCUACGUAUCGCACUCUCCCCGACUGAAAUGUUUAGUGGGAGGAGAAUAAUAAAGUCAAUCGCAGGCAGUUGUUUCCGCACAGUGAAACAGAAAAUAGACGCGAGUCUCGAUACAGUCAAAGGAGCAGGAGUAUCGAUUCCCGAAGGUUUGGAAAGUGGAGGGCGCCUGCUUUACUGAUCCAGGUUUUACAUAAUUAUCAGGGUAAGCAUCAACAGAGUGCCAGGAAUCUUGCUUAGAAAACAAGAAAGAAGCAGACAAAAACUAGGAGAUCAGAGGCCGAUAUCUGGCGAUUAGUUGUUGCCAACAAGCUGCAACGUGCCUGGAGUUGGUUCAUGGUGGACGUCGCCCCAACAAGCCGGCUGAACCGUAGAAGGCGCGAGAAAGAGCUAAAGAGCGCAAAUCGGAGAACGGGAAUCGUGGUCUUUCCCGCCCCCAGUUUUUACAUCCUUCACAUGAGUCUGAAGAUGAUUCAUACUUGCAAUACGGUAGUCUCUCAAUUCGUUCGAAGUUGGAUGUCCAAUUUUCUUCUUGCACGACCAAGAUUGACAAGAUAGACACUUCAACGACCUGGGCAUGAGUUUAGACGGCUUAAUCACUGAGUGAGAAACCCGUCAGGGAAAAGGCUGGAUAUUAUAGAUGAUUCCAGCGAGAGUGCAUGUGCAUCAACUGUGAGGUGUACUAGAAUAUAUCAUCGUGCAAUCAUAAAUUGUGCUUCGUCCACGCCUUCUUAUCAUGAUAUUAUAUGUAGAUGCUGAUCCGCGGAAGAGC